AUGUCCACCUCCACUUCUCCGCCGGAGCAGCUCAAGGAUGAGGUCAAGGCUGUUGAGGCCAAGGCCGUGAACCAGACUGUUGCACAGCUGCGCUCGCUAGCAGCAGGUGCUGCAGGUGGUCUCUGCGCGGUCGUUGUUGGCCACCCCUUCGACCUGGUCAAAGUUCGACUCCAAACCGCGGAGAAGGGCAUUUACUCCGGCGCCAUGGAUGUGGUGCGAAAGACUAUUGCCCGCGAGGGUUUGGCUCGGGGUCUAUAUGCGGGUGUAUCUGCCCCGCUUGUGGGUGUGACUCCAAUGUUUGCUGUGAGCUUUUGGGGUUAUGACGUGGGCAAGACCCUUGUGAAUACCUAUUCAACCGUUCCGGUAAAGAACGACACCCCACAAUAUUCUAUUGCACAAAUCUCCGCGGCCGGUUUCUUCUCCGCCAUCCCUAUGACUCUGAUUACAGCGCCAUUCGAGCGGGUCAAGGUCCUCCUACAGAUCCAGGGACAAAACCCUCCUCCUCCCGGGGAAAAGCCGAAGUACUCCGGCGGCAUGGAUGUUGUGCGUCAACUGUACAAGGAGGGUGGUAUCCGCAGUGUAUUUCGAGGCAGUGCAAUGACCUUGGCCCGUGAUGGACCCGGCUCAGCUGCCUACUUUGCCGCUUAUGAAUAUAUCAAGCGGUCGCUCACCCCUAAGGAUUCCGAGGGCAAUGUGACGGGUGAUCUCUCAUUAUCCGCAGUCGUGGCGGCUGGCGGUGCUGCCGGUAUUGCGAUGUGGAUUCCUGUCUUCCCAGUUGAUACUAUCAAGUCUCGACUACAGAGUGCCCCGGGCAAACCCACAAUCGGUGGCACGAUCCGCACAAUAUACGCCAGUGGUGGUGUCAAGGCCUUUUUCCCUGGCUUUGGACCGGCCCUGUGUCGUGCUGUGCCCGCUAAUGCGGCCACUUUUCUGGGCGUGGAGCUUGCUCACAAGUUCAUGAAGAAGUUCUUCGAUGAUUAA